AUGGCGGUGCGACAGGCGCUGGGCCGGGGCCUGCAGCUGGGUCGAGCGCUGCUGCUGCGCUUCACGGCCAAGCAUGGACCAGUCUGCGGCUUCGGGCGGGCCGAGCGGCCGGGCCCAGCGGCGUGUUGGGGCCGAGGAGAACGCCCAGGCCCGGUCCGGGGGCCGGGUGCGGAACCGCGCAGGCUCGGACUCCCCGACCGCUACCGUUUCUUCCGCCAGUCUGUGGCCGGGCUAGCGGCGCGGCUCCAGCGGCAAUUCGUGCUGCGUGCCCGGUGUGGCGCGGGCCCUUGUGGCCGGGCUGUCUUUUUGGCCUUCGGGCUAGGGUUGGGCCUCAUCGAGGAGAAGCAGGCGGAGGGCCGGAGGGCAGCUGCGGCCUGUAAGGAGAUCCAGGCAAUUUUCACCCAGAAAAACAAGCUGCUGCCUGACCCAUUGGAUAGUAGACGCUGGCAAGGCUUCCGGCUGGAGGAGUAUCUUAUAGGGCGAUCCAUUGGCAAGGGCUGUAGUGCUGCUGUGUAUGAGGCCACUGUGCCCCUGGUGCCCCAGAACCUGGAGAGGGCAGAGAGCAGUGAGCUGCUGACAGGGAGAGGCCCAGAUGUCAUUCCACAGGGAGAGACUGACCAGAGCAGUGCCCAGCCCCCUGCCUUUCCCUUUGCCAUCAAGAUGAUGUGGAACAUCUCGGCGGGCUCUUCCAGUGAAGCCAUCUUGAGCACAAUGAGCCAGGAGCUUGUCCCAGCAACCCGAGUGGCCUUGGCUGGGGAGUAUGGAGCAGUCACCUACAGAAAAUCCAAGGGAGGUCCCAAGCAACUGGCUCCUCACCCCAACAUCAUCCGGGUUUUCCGUGCCUUCACCUCUUCGGUACCGCUGCUGCCAGGGGCCCUGGUCGACUACCCUGAUGUGCUGCCCCCAUGUUUCCACCCAGAUGGCCUGGGCCAUGGACGGACACUUUUCCUUGUUAUGAAGAACUAUCCUUGUACCCUGCGCCAGUAUCUUCGCACGGCCACUCCGAGCCCUCGCCUCGCCACCAUGAUGACCUUGCAGCUACUGGAAGGGGUGGAUCAUCUGGUUCAACAAGGCAUCGCACACAGAGACUUGAAGUCUGACAACAUCCUCGUGGAGCUGGAUGCAGAUGGCUGCCCCUGGCUGGUGAUCACUGAUUUCGGCUGCUGCCUGGCGGAUGAGCACAUCGGCCUGCAGCUGCCCUUCACCAGUUGGUAUGUGGAUCGGGGCGGAAACGGCUGCCUGAUGGCUCCCGAGGUGUCCACCGCCUAUCCUGGCCCUAAAGCAGUGAUCGACUAUAGCAAGGCAGAUGCCUGGGCAGUGGGAACAAUCGCCUAUGAAAUCUUUGGGCUCUCCAAUCCCUUUUACGGCCAAGGCCAGGCCCACCUGGAAAGCCGCAGUUACCAAGAGGCUCAGCUGCCCACACUGCCCGAGUCAGUGCCUCUAGACACAAGAUGCCUGGUGAGGUCACUACUCCAACGAGAUGCCACUAAGAGACCAUCUGCCCGAGUAGCUGCAAAUGUUCUUCAUUUAAGCCUCUGGGGUGAACACAUCUUAGCCCUGAAGAAUCUGGAAUUAGAUAAGAUGGUUGGCUGGCUCCUCCAGCAAUCCGCUGCUACUUUGUUGGCUGACAGGCUCACAGAGAAGAGUUGUGUGGAAACAAAAAUGAAGAUGUUAUUUCUGGCCAAUCUGGAGUGUGAUGCCCUCUGCCAGGCAGCCCUCCUCCUCCACUCCUGGAGGGCAGCCCCAGGACAGCUCUGCAUGUGGCUGAAUUACUAA